AUGAUGAUAGACGACUGGUCAAUGUCGAAAGAUGAUUUAUAUGGACCACCACCAGCUUAUUCGAUAAGAAAUAAUUAUGACAAUCCACCACCAUCAUAUACACCAUCGAUUUAUGUUGUACCUAUUAGAAAUGUUCAAUAUCAAGAAAGAUUAUCUUCACCUCAUGCAUCAAUUAUUUUACCAAAAAAAUUUACUCGAUAUUUACUUGGAACAGGACUUAUUCAUAUGAUGAUUGGAUUAGCAGCUAUUGUUUGUGAUAUUAUUUUAACAAUUAUGAAUGAAUCAUAUUCAUUUACAGGACUUUGGACAGGUGCAUUAAGUAUUAUAUUAGGAAUAGAUCUUAUUUUAUUUAUGAGUCGUUCAAAUAUACGUAUAUGUUCUUUACAACGAAUACAAUUUAUACAUAUGGCUAUGUGUUUAGUUUCUAUAGUUGCAAUUAUUCUUACAUCGAUUAAUCUUACAUCUGAUUCAUGUUAUAAAAUAUUUUUAGGUCCAGAUCGAUGUCAACAUUCAUCACAUAUAAUAAAAAUUAUUCUUGUUACACUUUUUUCUUUUAAUUUUAUACAAAUAUGUAUUACAAUUGUAAUGACAUUUAUAUAUAUGAAAACAUAUCCAAAUUCAUCGAAUAAGACAUCUAAUUAUACAACAAUAACUAUAUAUAAUUCAUUCUAUUUUUUCAAUGAAAUCAAUAAUGAAACAAAUAAAUGUUUACAAAAUGAUAGUUCUCCGAAUAAAGAUGCUCAAGCAUGGGCACAACAACACUCAGCUAAUCUAUUUUUUUGGACAAAUUUAAUGAGUAGUUGUCCGGUAAUAAUUAUGACUUAUAUUUUAGGUGUAUAUACGCCAAAAUUAGGAAAACGUUUUGUACUUAUCAUACCUCUAUUAGGUACAAUUAUUCAACUUACUAUUUGGUUAUUAGUCAUAUAUUUUCAUCUGUCUGAAAUUUGGUGGUAUAUAGCUGCCUUUAUAGUUGGUCUAUCAGGUUCCAGUGGUCUUUUUGGUUUGACUUUAAAUUUAAUUCUUACUGAAAAUACAUUGGAAAAUGAACGUUCAUCUCGUUUUGUACGUUUAGGUGCAAUGCAAACAGCAUUAUCUGCAAUAGCAACAGUUAGUAUUGGUUAUUAUAUAGCUUGGCGUGGCUUUAUUGGUUUAUAUUGGAGUGGACUUUUUUUACAAAUGUUAUCUAUAAUUAUUGUUAUGAUCUAUUUUAAAACGGUUGACACUAAUGUUGAUGAACGAAUACCUUUAUUAUCAUCAAUUAAUGAUCAAUUUCAAGAAACUUCAUCAAAUAAUUGUAGUCAUUUUUUAAAAGUUUGUACAGUAUUUAAAUUAAAUCAACAAUCAAAGAAAAAAACUACAAGUUUAUAUUUAAUAUUAUUUUCAAAUAUAUUUUUUGUGUUAGCCGUAGUAUCAUUGUCACCAUUUUUAUGGUUUCUUCUAAAUGCACCUUUUUGUUGGACAUCAAAAAAUAUUGGAAAUUAUUCAGCAUUAGGUGCUAUUUCUUCUGCAAUACUUAGUUUAUUAGGUAUGCAAUUAUUAACAUAUAUUGGAACUAGUGAUGCAAUUAUAUGUGUGAUAAGUAAUAUGUGUUUUUGUCUAACAUCAUUAUGGAAUGCAUUUGCACGAUAUGGAUGGCAAUUAUAUGUUGGAUUAUUAAUAAAUGCAUUUUCUAGUUAUCAAAGUCCAUUAACAAUAUCAAUGAUGUCAAAAUGGUUAGAAUUUCAUGAACGAAAUAAUGCAUUUACAUUUAUAACAGAAAUAAAUACAAUUAUAUCGACAUUUGGAAGUUCGUUUUUCAAUUGGCUUUAUGCCCGUACAGUUGUUAAUCAUCGAAAUCUUAUAUUAUUUAUUGCUGCUGGUCUUGGUGUUAUUCCUUGUAUUUUAAAUAUAUGUCUUUUUCUAAUAACUCGAAAAAUGUCCGACGAAGAAUUACUUUCACUUCCACAAAGUGAUACAGAACCAGCAUCAUGUCAUUUAGAUAAUAAUAUAUUAUCAGAUGCUGGUAAUCCUUCCUGUUUGAUUAUUUCAUCUCGAUCAUUAACUUCUUCAUUACGUACAUCAUCCAUGGAAAGAUCUCGAACGAAUUCUGUUGAUGACAAUCAACUGGAAGAAAUGAUCAAUUCUUCAGUUAAUGAUUUAGUUAGAAUACACACCCAUCGAUUUUAUAUAAUGAACAAUAUUAGUAAUUAUGCUAUAGCUAUUAUUCUAUGUCUUCAAACAGCUUGUAAUUGUGUUAUUUUAACUGUUGGACAAUAUAUUUAUGCAUAUUAUUUACAAAUAUAUCCAUCAUCAUCAAAUACAACUCAAAACCUUGCUAAAAUUUUAAUUCCUUCUUUUCAUCAUAUGAAAAGUGUUAGUACUGUCUUGAAACAAUGUUUAGAUAAUACAACUGAUAAUUCUUCAAAUAGUAGUGCUCAAAUAUGGGCACAAGAACAAUCAGCUGAUUUAUUUUUUCGAAUUAAUUUAUGGAAUAGUUGUCCAAUGAUUAUAAUGACUUAUAUACUUGGAUUAUAUACUCCAAAAUUAGGUAGACAAUUUGUUCUUAUACUUCCUAUGUUAGGUACUGCUGGUCAAUUACUUAUCUGGUUAGCAAUUAUUCAUUUACAUCUAGCUGAUUAUUGGUGGUAUAUAGCUAGUUUUAUUGUUGGUCUAUCUGGUUCAACUUAUGUUUUCAAUUUUGUAUUAAAUUUAAUCAUUACAGAUAAUACAAAAGAAGAUAAUCGAUCAUCUCGUUUUGUUUUAUUUGAAGCAUUAAUAACAACUGUAUCUGCUGUAGUUACAUUUGCUAUUGGUUAUUAUAUUAAUUGGCGUGGUUUUACGGAUCUUUAUUGGAUUUCAUUAGGAUUAGAAAUUGUUUCGAUUGUAAUUGUUAUUUUCUUUUUUAAAAGUUCUUCACAUAUAAUCGAUGAAAGAACUUGUCUUUUAUUAUCAUCAAUUCAAAAUAAUAAUAAUAAUAAUGAUAUUCAAAUUACAGAAUCACGUUCUUUAAGAACAAAAUGUAAAGAUUUUUUCAUUAUUUUACAAAUAUUUAGUUUUAAAAAUCGUUCAUAUAGAAAAUCAAUUAGUCUUCUAUUAAUUUUAUUCGCUUAUAUUUUUUAUCUAUUAGCAUAUUCAACAUAUGCAUCAUUUCUUUGGUAUUUACUUGAUAGUCCAUUUUGUUGGUCAUCAGAAAAUGUUGGAAAUUAUAUGGCAUUAUCUUCAAUAUGUUGUGCUAUUUUUAGUUUACUCGGAAUGAAAUUUUUUACGUAUAUGGGUGUUAAUGAUACAAUAAUUUGUAUGUUUAGUCAUUUAUGUUUUACUACAUCAUCUCUUUGGAUUGCAUUUGCUAAACAUAAUUGGCAAUUAUAUGCUGGAUUAUUAAUAAGUCCUUAUGCUGAUUAUCAAAAUCCUUUAACAAUACCGAUGAUAUCAAAAUUAUUAGAAGUUCAUGAACGAAAUCAUGCAUUUACAUUUGUAGCUGAAAUAACUACAAUAAUAACAACUUUUGGAGAUUCAAUUUUUAAUUGGAUUUAUGCACAAACAGUAGUUAAUUUUCGAAAUUUUACUUUAUUAAUGGCUGCUGGAUUUAGUAUUAUUGCGUUUAUUUUAAAUAUAUGUCUAUUUUGUGUAACACGACGAAUGUCGAAUGAAGAUCAAGUUUCAAUUUCUGAAUCGGAACCAUGUCUUUUACCAAAUAAUAAUAAUAAUAUAGCACAUUCAAAUGAUAUUAUUUGUUCAUCAGUACUAUAUUCAACAUUUCUUCCAAAGACACCAAAUAAAAAUAGAUCUCGAGUAAACUUAGAAUCAUCAACAGACAACAAGAUGAUAACAACAGACGAUCAUUUAAUUCUUUGA